AUGGAUUCUCCGCAGAGAGAGCUGGUCACGGCAAACAACAAGUCUCCUCUGAUACAGAUCCUGGCGUGGAUGUUUCUCGUUAUUGCGGUGCUGUCGUGCGCGGCCAGAUCGGGCACCAAGCUGCAAAUGGUCAAGAGACUCAAGACGGAGGACUACUUUGCGAUUGUGGCAACGAUUGCGGCUUGCGGUCAAUUUGUUGCCCAUGUCGCCAGCGGCUAUCAAGGGUUGGGCAAACAUGUGUCAGAUUUGACGCCAGACAGGAUCCAUGGCGCGCUCAAGGGCCAAUAUGCGGCUGAUGUUCUCUUCAUCGUGAGCCUUUUCUUUGCCAAGAUAGCGACGGCCAUGAUGACCAAGUCCAUCUCGCAGCGAAGCUACCGGCGGAUGAUACAGGCCAUCGCGUUGUUGAUUAUCGUCUGGGCGGCAACUGGCCUCCUUGUGGUUCUCUUCCAGUGUCAGCUACCCAGCCCGUGGUAUUCUAUUCAGCGAAAAUGCAUCCAUCGUGUUGCCUUUUGGUCCUACUUUGGUGUCGUCAACAUUGUCACCGACCUGCUGCUGAUAGGAAUCAUGGUGGAAAAUGUGCGCCGCAUCCAAACAUCAUGGUCGAAAAAGACGGUGGUUAUUUGUGUCUUUGGCAGCCGCAUCCUUGUCACCCCCGCCAUUGUCUCACAGAUUGCCUUUUUGAAACGAGGCUUUUCGGAGACGGAUCCAACGUUUGCUAUGUGGGAACUGACCAUCACCACGGCCGUGGUGACGUGUCUCAGCAUCCUCGCCAUCUGCGUCCCCAAUCUCAAGCCGUUCAUGGACAGCCUCGAGUCGGGCCAGCUGCGCGCCGACGACCUGCGGCGCCAAGGAAAGUCGAGCAGUGGAGGAUAUCCGAGCUACAACCGCAACGCGUCGUCGGGCGGCCAGGACGGCAGCCAUCCUCGAAGCAACCGCGACAGGGCGGCGGCGGCGGCGGGCGGCAGCAACCCAGGUGCGCGCCGAGAUCCCUUGGCAUCCAAAACCUCGCAACAGCAAAGCGGGAUGUUUGAAAUGGUCGACUUGCCGACUGCGAAAAAGGAAGAGGCGCAGAAGCAGCAGCAGGGCCAGCUGAGCGCCACUGGCGACGUGGCGUGGGACGGCGAGAGCCACACGAGCCAGACGAUACUCAUCCAGCAGACCAAGACAUGGUAUAUAGACGUGGAUGAUAGGCGCGACUCGGAGUAG